CUUGAGUGAAAACAGUAUGGGUCACCCCUCAAUGGAUAAGUUUGUGAAGACCUUCCUGUACACGCAUCAGUCGUUUGCCACCCCUGACUGCCUCCUACGCAAGCUGUUAGAACGCUACAACGUGGUGAGGCCAGAGGGCAUGUCUUCUCAAGGCUUUGCCGUCAUGAAGCAAACCAUUCAGGCUCGUGUCAUCAACGCUCUCAAACUGUGGGUGAAGCUUAGUGUCGACUUCAAAGACAAUGUCCCGCUGCAAGAUUCCCUGCUCCAGUUUGUCAGUACUGUGUUGAUACUGGACCACCCUCGACUGUGUAAACCACUCAGAACCAACAUCAUGGUCAUCAAGGGAGUGAUUCAGAAGAAGAACUUGAAAAUGUUCCGUGACCCACCACCCCCAGUAAAGUUCCCAUCCGCUAAUUCGACAGGUUUACUCACAAUCUUUGACUUUGACCCAGAGGAAGUGGCCCGACAAAUGACCAUUAUUGACUUCACUCUCUUUGCCAAGAUCAAACCAUGUGAACUAUUAAACCAGGCAUGGCAGAAGGCCAAGUACAAGCAUCGUGCAGCCAAUAUCCUGCGACUAGUAGACAGAAUCAACAACCUCACUCUGUGGGUGGCCACCACCAUACUCUCACAAAAGGAUGUCCAUGAAAGAGCAAAGAGAAUAUCAGACUUCGUCCAAAUAUUAUCUCACUUGCAAGGGAUGCACAAUCUCUGUACUCUGAUGUCAUUGCUGAAUGGACUGGCCCAUCCUUCCAUCUCCAGACUCAAGAGGAGCUUCUCCAAGCUCGACAAAGCCACCACUAAGAGACUAGAGGUACUGCAGACUCUGGCCAGACUCGAGAAUAACUUCAAACUGCUCAGAAAUGAGCUGAAAGAUCCAGAUCCUUGCAUUCCAUACCUUGGUCUGUACAUGUCUGAUCUGACUUUUGUGGACAAUGGCAAUGUUAAUUUCCACGAUGACGGAUUGAUAAACUUCUCAAAGUGUAGGCUCAUCUACAAUCAAAUCAGAGACCUGGUACUAAGACAGGACUGACCGUACAACUUUGAGGAGGUUCCUGCCCUCCACGAGAAUUUGACACGAUUCCACUUCUUAGACACUGACGUUCUCUACGAUGUCUCCUUACAGAGGGAGCCAAGGGACAAGGGAAAGUGAUGAAAGAGACUCUGCCCACCCAGUAACUGUUAGCAAAUGAGAUCACAGGCAGCCUUCUUUGGCAACAUUAAUUUAUCAUCUAUUUCUCUAUUGUAACCUAAUCCACUGUGUGCAAGUUGUGAGAUAUGCACCACUCACUCAAUUCACUGCAUCAUUUCUAUGUUUUUGUAUCUUGUUCAAACUUUGUGUGAAUAUGCAAGCCCUCACCUGUGUGUCCUAUCCUAUGGAAUAUAAUUAUCUGUUCAAUUUCAAUUUAA